GGAGACUCGACCUCGACUCCAUCGAACAGACGCCGACCAGCUUAGCAGGUUUUAAAAAUUGUCAUUGGCAUCCCUCCAAAAAGCACCAAACCCUGUUUGCUCAUGGACAUAUCAAGCCGAGACCGAAAGAACCACGAGCAUGAGCUCCAGCAGCAUGGAUACUGGUGAUCAAGAAGAAGAAGAAGUGACAGCUCCUACUAGAGUUUCGAUAAGCAGCGAGGAUGGUCUGAAGGAAAAAAUGGCAGAAGCAGCAAAGAUAGCUACCGGCAGUGCAGAACAAGAUGAUAAUGGGGAUGUCACUAAUACUACAGAUGCUGUACAAGAGCAGCUACCUUCCACCGCGGAUGUUGAACAAAGCGAUACGAUUGCAGUUGCUACUACUACUGAUGCUGAUAAUACUGAUCCAAUGGACGUGGCAAACGGAGGCCCUGACGAUGACGUCGAGGAAUCCAAUGACUUGAAGCACCAUAUACCCUCCUUUGCUUCGACCAGUCUCAUUACCGACGAAGGGGAUGACGAUAACAAUGACAACAAUGACAAUGCUUUGAAUGAUGAUAAGAUGGAGGAAGACAUGGGAGAUGUUAAUGCGGUCAUGUUGACACAGGCAGUGGAUGAUGAUGAUGAAGCCAAUAACUAUGAUUCAUCAGAUGAUGAUUCCGGAGAAGACGACGAUGACGAUGACGAUGCUUCUGUACAGACCAGUGGCUCGCCUGCUCAGGCCAAUACACCGAUGGAAGUGAGGAAAGCCAGAAUAGAUCAGAAGAGAGCCGAAGCCGAGCAACGAAAACAAGGCUAUGAGCGCCAUUUAGGACUCGCAUUUGAAAUCAACGACCAGCAGCAAGGCCAGUUGACACCAUCACCGCGCACUCCCAAGGAAAAAGAAAACAAAAUCCAUUAUUACCAGGAACAGAUACCACAGGGCAUGUGCUUUCAAACUCCCUACAAUUAUUAUCAACACAAUGCCGAUACAAAGGAAAAAGACGAUGUCGAUGCACAAGAAAAAGAAAUCGAGUUCAUCCAACAAUUGGAGCAGAAGUAUCCUUAUCGACAAGCGCAAAUACGACAAUUAUGGAGUCUGCUGUCGCCGGCAUUGCCCUCGGACACUGCAACCACACGACACAAUGCUCCGGCGCCUAUUUUUGUGACGGGCCCACAGGGAACGGGGAAAACCACGCUGGUGCGAGACAUGGUCGCGGGGUUGCAGCAGACCAGGACGUGCUGGACGAUUGGCAGUCGCGUGGGAUGUGCCUAUGUCAAUUGUGCCACGGCCAUUACCAUGGAGGAAAUUCUCCAUGAUGCCUUUCGACAAUUGGCAGCGGAUAUGAAACUUGGAAGACAGAAAAGUCAAGAAACACCCCGUCCAAAACGAAAGCGACCACCAAAACGAGCCACGCCAGUUCAGAUGGGAUUCUUGGAACGGGUAGCCAAGAUGCGGCGAAUGAUGGAUCAGGGAGAACCAGACACUGCUCCGGAUGCUGUCAGCAACAACCAGGAUGCGGUAGCUCCGACGGGCAAGGAUGCUCCGGAUUCUCCAGAACCCGUACCUACAGCACAACACGACAACAGUGACAAUAGCGUCGAGGAAAAGCACGCCACACCCGGGUUUCUGUUUCAACCGCGACGAUCGAGUAGGGUGCGUCAUUGGGCAGAACCCAACGAGGCUAGCAACGUUGACAAGCAGCAACAGCAACAACAACAAGUCAAGCCACCACCCAAAAUGAAAAAGAUCUCCAAGGAGGCAAGCUUGGAUCUCAAAGCCACUGCCCCCUCACCGUCACGAGGAGAAGAAGGCUUGACGUCCGCAACGAUAGCCCGAACAAAUGUGGCAGCGGCAUCAUUUGGACAACAAGUCAAAGAAUCUCUCUUUAGACAUUGCGACGAUUGCGCCUUUUUGAUUCUGGAUGAGGCCGAGCGGUUGCUCUCACUGUCCACAUCUUCUAGACAACACUAUUUGUCUCAGUUGCUAUUGCUGCCCCAGACAAAGGGGUUGAAUCUGACAAUCAUUGUAAUCACAAAGAGCGUCGCCUUGGAUCACUCGCGAUUCGAUAAUUCGUUCAGCACCCUAUCGAGUGCCAUACAACCAUUAAAGGUGCACUUUCAGGCCUACAAAGGAAAGGAAGCCUUCAAACAGAUAUUGGCUCAGCCAGCCCUGAUAAAGCGAAUCAUUGGCCCCGCCAUGUUUGCCUCCCAAUCUUCCGGCAACGAUCCCUUCUCACAAGCUGUAGUCAAGUCAUUUCUCAACACACUCGUCCAGGGGCUGUACGGUUCCAUUCGAGACCUCAAAGAGAUGUUUCGACUGGGGCGCACCCUUUGGCCCAAGUAUAUGCUUCCCCUCCAUUCUAGCCGGCUUGAGCAAACCACGAAAAGCUUACACAACCUGUUUCCCUCCUUGAAGAAUGCACCGCUGUCCCUAGAGUCGCACUGGAAACAAAUUGUCUCAUUUCUUGACCAACAGAUACGUCCUCAUGUGAAACAUUGCGUACAGGUGUCGAUGUAUUCCCUCGUGGGUGGGUCGUCGGACGGUCCCAAGUCUGCCACUAGAGCCUCACACGACAAAGCACUCAGCCUGUCAUAUCUGACGAGGUGCCUCAUGGUGGCGGCGUUCAUCUGUCAAACCAACAAAGCCGACAAGGACAAGCAAGUGUUUACCAUCCAAAAGAAUGGAAAGAAGAACAAUGCAAACAAGAAAAAGAGCCCCGGAGAGGACUUGGCUUUUGGAGCCGCAAAGUCUGGCCUGUCCAAAAGCUAUCGACCUCGAAUGUUUCCCAUGGAAAGGAUGCUGUCGGUGUUUGUGAGUAUUGUGGGUCUCAACAAAGAGAACCAAAAGGGGGCGAAUGGAAGUGGAAGUGCUGGUGAUAUUGAUGUUCAACCAGGUCACGUAGGGGACACAGACUUCUUUCAGUCCCUGUCAAAUUUGCGUGACAUUGGUGUGCUUCAUGACAGACCCAGCUCCUCCACCACAGACGUUGCCAACAUGAUUGCACCAAGGUUUUGGUGCUCCUUGACACGAGAAGAAGCUGACGUUGUAGCCAGGAGCGUGAAUUUCCCUCUACAGCAUUUCCUCUAUUGAACCCAGAAUAACUGCUACUAUUACUGUAGGUUCAGGAGCAUAUCGCUAUCGAUGAAAAAUGGACUACGCGUCGUGCCGUAUAGAGGUAUAGAUAGCACACGUUGCUGUCGAGGAGCCACGAGCUUGUGUGUGGUGUGCAUCUUAUGCCGUGGCGUAAGCCUUGCUUUGAAGCUGAGCGUAGUGCGGCAGUGAUUCAUUUAGCACUCGUUGUACUAGUAGUCGUUGCCAUCGAUGGUCUUAGUCCUCGAAGCUCCGCCCGAGAGCAUGAGAGGACAACUGCUAUGCCAGAUACCGGUUGCCAAAGUAGUUUUUCCGUGCUCUCUAACAAACUCGGUCCUCUCUGUGAGGUGUAUU